AUGUUCCUCAAGAUGGUCCUGAGCAACUGUGAAAUGAUCUUCAUCUUUAGCAUCAUCUUCUCUUUGCUUCUCGCGACCGUCACGCUGGUUAUGAUGAUCCUGAGCUUCGAGUUGAUGAUGUUCAUUCCCUCCAUUGUCAUCCCUUACCCCGUCCGCGUCUACAAGACCAUCAUUUUCCACCGCAAGAAGAACCUGCAGUACUACGACAUCUCCGCUAAGUCCAACUACAACAUGUCCAAUCUUGACACCCUCAAAGAGAUCCUCGAAUUGCUGAUGGCGCCUGCCGGCCGUCGCGGUGGCCGUGGUGGCGGUGGCCGUCGUGGUGGUGGCCGUGGUGGUGGCCGUGGUGGCCGAGAAGGAGAACGAGGAGGAGGAGGAGGACAAAGAGGACGAGGAAGCGGCGGCCGAGGCCGCGGUGGUGUGCAGGACCACCCACCGACCUGGCGACCCCGGCCGCGCGGCGGCACUAUCGAGGUGCCUGGGCACCGUGGCCGCGGCCGCGGAGAAAGGCUCUCCCGCCGGGAGAUGGAGGACCUCCUCACCUCCGAGCAACUGGAGGAGGCAUUUGUCCAGCAGUGGGAGCAGCGGCAGCAGCAGCAGCAGCCGAAGCCGGAGCCGGAGCCGGAGCAGCAGCAGCAGCAGCAGCAGCAACAGCAGCAACAUCAGCAACAGCAGCAGAAGCAGCCAGCUGUUAAGGUGGAGGGAGGGGAGGGAGAGGGCUCGAGAGAGGAGGGGGAGGUGGUGAAGAAGGAGGAGGUGAUGAAUGAAGUCUUCUUCGUCUUUCUCUCACACUACGUUCUCAUCAGCACUCUUCUGAGUCCUCCUCUUUGUUGCUGGGUGCUCUGGAAGAAUGUAGGCUUCAUCAUCUCGUCUAGCGACGUCACGUCCACAGGCCAAGUUUCUAACCUGAGGCAUGGGCCAGCUGGCCGACAAGAAGCUGCAAUCGUCCGAGACAGAGACUUGAGAUGCCCACAGAGGACGCACGACAGCAAGCCGGGCAAAUGGGCCAGGCACGAGAUGGCUGGGGACGUGGACAGAGCCGAAGGGGCGGACAAGGCAGAAUUCAGGGCCAAGGACGAGGACGUGGAAGAGCACUAG